AAAAUUUGCCGCUGCUUAUUUUUGCGUCUAGCUAUAAUUUGUUAACAGUUUGUGUAAAUAAUUAAAUAAAUAUUACAUUCUUUAUUACAAAAAGAUACAAUGGAAAGUUUAAGUUAUCGUGAAGUAAUUACAACAAAUUCAUGUCAAGAAGAAUGGCAUGAAAUAACAUUAAAUACUGGUGGAACUCACAGUACUUUGCAGGAUAUUAAAGUUGCGGAAAAAGCCGGUGGUUAUUGUUAUAAAAAUGUUUCUUUGAAUCACAAUCGUAAUCGCUACAUUUACUGGCGUAUAUACCAGGAUAUUCUGGAAUUGUCUGAAAUAAGUUUAGAUUUUAAUCUAUAUCAAAAUAAUUUGCGGUACAAGUUCACCGAUUCCCCGGUCAUAGCUGUUAACAUAAUUGAGCAGGGCAAAAAUAUUGUUUUGUUGGUUUGUACUGUCUGUAGUUUACAUCGUAUAUGUUUUCCUCAUCCCGACUCACUGGCUGAGGGUUUAUUUGGGGGAAACGUAGGCGCCAACAGCACUACUGUGGAUUUUAAUGAUUCGCAAUCAUUUUCUAUAUUUAAAGAUGCUAAUGCAGCAGCAGCCCGAGAUCCGAACAGUUUUUACGUUAUAGAUAAUUUAGGUCCAGCAAAUAGCCACAUUCCUCAUGCAGCUGCUAGCUUUCUAUCUUCCAAUGGAGAAGAGGCUUAUUUUGCUUUGGCGUGCCAAAAUCAAUUAAUGUUGUAUACCAUGAACUGUUCUACUGGACAUACAAUUGGUCAUCAGUUAAAAGAACAUCACAUUAUGCCCAGACUAUUUUCUAAUAUAAAAGGAGCAUUAACUGGCAAAACCGAUACAUCCGAUGCUGAUCAUGCUAAUUCAUUGGUAUUCACUUGUAUCAACAAUCAAAUUUUACUUUUGGCUCUUUACCGUAAUGAUCACUUGCGAGUUUGGUCGACAAUUAAUAUGCAAAUAAUUUGUGCCAUUAAUUGCGUGCGUGAGGGUAACGAACAACGGAUGCAAGGACCUCAAAGUAACGCAUUGCGCAAAAUCAAUGACAUAAGUUUUUGUGCAUUUCUCUCACAUUCAACUGGCUCCGAAUUUGUGUGUAUUGAUUUACAAAUUGAUGCUGGAAAUAGUAGUGGAUUAAGUUUGCAACGACGUAAAAUUAUUUCUGCACCUCAGUUGGAUUUAACAGAUUUUCAUGUUUGCGAUUCAAGAAUCUGGGCGCUGUGGAGUAAUGCAGAGGGUGAAUUUAGUAUAUCAAGUUUUUCCCUUGUUCGCGGCAUGGGUAUAAAUUGGGUUUCAGCCGCUAUGGAGCCACCACCAGAUCGUUAUUGUCUUGGCAUAGAACAGGGUAUGGAUCCUCGGGAAGCCUAUUGUUCAUAUAUUUUUCAUCCUGGAAAAUUUGAACGCAGCGUUAUAGCAAAAGCUUUGUUUAUGUUCCGCCGAUCGAAUGUACGUUUUGAAGGCAAACAUUGCACUAUGACUUUAUUGAAGGAACAUGUUUGUCAGGCUAUCGAGGAUGAACUUCAAAAUGAGGUUAAAGACUUUGAUGUUUCCGAUGACGAUUAUUUAGAAAUAUCCACAAGAUUAUGGGAACGUUUCUAUUCAUGCUGUGAACAAUAUCACAUGAAGGCCUCUCAGCCUAGUGGAUUAUUAAUUUUAGAACCUCUGGAUGCAGUUUGUGUUGUAAAAAAGAAUACAUUUUCUCUGCUCAGACCAUGCGAAACAAUAGAACAUUUAAUGCUAGCUGGCGAAGAUGUUGAUGCGGACAUUGUAGUUCCUUUACAUUUUCCCGACAAUGAACGCGAAGGCAAAGACUUGGUAAACGUUGUGGAAAUUUUGGCUCAAAUCGAGAAAUGGCUCCCAGAAGAUGUUAAAAUUGACAUUGAUCGAAAACUAUAUCAAUUAGAGAUGCCCAAUGUGGUGAUAGAAAAACUAACUGAAGACCUUUUGGCAGGGGACACUGAAAAAGAACUCUUACCCUCUAAUUUCUUGGUGGCAAUAAGACAGAAAAUGCAGUCCAUCAAGGACUUACGUACGGCAAUGUCAAUGUUACUUGAUAUUUUGCGCAUGGAUAAUGGAAAUCCUGAAACCAUGCACACUAAUUUUAAUAACUUAAAUCAUACUACUAGAGCGUUUAUGUCCUUGGGUGUUCUUUUUGGUAGUCAGGUUGGCCUAUCUUUAUUAGCCGAAACAGUACGUCAAAAUGCUUUGAUACGUUUUGCCAUCUGUCGCAACCUUUUGCUGCUGCAACAAAUUUUAAUCGAUACCCAUUCUUUACCGGUCGAUAUUUUAGAAUGUUUGCGGUCCCAGUUUAUGCCUGACGUACUAAUAUUUUUGCAAUCUUACUAUGUCAUGGUAUGGAUAUCUGAAACUCCUGUCAAUAUUAAUGCAGCAGCAGCCAUGGAGACGUCUAUGCAAAGACUUAAUCUUUUGCAAUUAACCUCUGGCUCUGGACGAAUUUAUUCAAAUGGCGGUAAAUGCAGCUCAGCUCCCCUUCUGCAAGUAUUCCUUAAUGCAAAAGGACUAUAUACGGUACUGUCUUUGUACGCAGAUAAUUUCAAAGAAUUGGAUAACGUUAGUUGGCAAAAUACCCUAAUGCCCUUAUCAACAACAGUUAGCCAACUUAUUUGGGCAGUAUCUUUUAAUUUUGUAUUUGGUGAAUGGCUCUUUAGCACUUGUCAACACAUUAUAAUAGCAGAUUAUGUGCGUCUUCUCAACAGCUGGUGUGAAUGGAAUAUAUGCUCCAGACAAUUCAUUUUGGCAGUAACAUUACUUGAUAGUGGGGAAUCCCACAAAGCUUAUGACUUAUUCUUGCAAUCGGCUAAAGGUGUCGUUAAAGAACAAUUUCUUGCUGAGAAAAUUUUAAAAAAUACUCCCUACGCUUCUUUAGUGGAAAACCUUUCGGUCAUUGAAACCGAUAAAUUUCAAUUAAAAGUCACUAAUCAGUGCAUAGCUCAAUAUUAUCUGAAAGUUAUACAGCUCUUCGAACAACACAACGCUUUGGACCACAUUAUAUCAAUGGCUCAAGUGGCAAUUGGAUUGCUGGAUAAAAAUGAUCCACAGUUGCCCAUGUUUCAAUCGAUCGUGUUCAAUAAUCACCUUCAACUGGAACAUUAUGAGGAAGCAUAUCACUCAUUGAUAUACAAUGCAGAAUUAUCACGUCGUAAGGAUUGUUUGCGACAAUUGGUGAUUACGUUAUUCAAUCGCAAACGAUACGAUUUAUUAAUGCAUUUCCCGUACGUAGGCUUGCACGAAGAAUUUGAAAAUAUCGUCGAGUCAAGAGCGCGAUCACAAUCGAUGGAUAAAAAUGCAAUUUAUGAUUUUCUGUAUGCCUUUCACGUUAACAAUGGAAACAUGAGGAAAGCAUCUGCUAUUAUGUAUGAACAAUCAAUGCGUUACCAACUAGAAGGUGAUUCCUUGGAAUCGCUUAAUAAACGUUUUUCAUCACUUUUAGUUUGUUUAAAUUGUUUACAUUUGAUUGAUGAACGUUAUCGUUGGAUUGCUAAACCAGUUAUAGGCGAUGAAUAUGAUGUAAGUAAUACUUCUAAAGAUGGAAUGCACGAGGACGACGAUGACGACAAGCGAAGUGACGAUCAAACGUUAAUCACAAAAACUCAAGUUGUAGUCCUCGAAAUCAAACACAUUAAAAUGGAAAUGUUACACACAGAAGCUCUAAUAAAGUUAUCGGAGCACCGCAAAGAUAUACAUUCAUUCCUUAAUGCCGGACCUCAAGAAUUAUCAAUGGUUUUGGCGAGUUGUGGUUUAUUUACUGCAGCCCUUAAGCUAGCUAAGGGAUUUGCAACUAGUGUUUUGCCAAUAUUUGAUAGUUUGGCUGCCGCUUGUGUGCGUACAGCGGAUGAGAAUCCCACAGAUGCGUGGGAUUGGUUACAAGAAAAUGAUUUAGCAGAUUUGCCACAUCGGAAUAAAGCCUCAGAUAUGGCUUGGUCUUUAUUACGCAAACUAGUGGAGGAUAAUGAAGAGGAAUCAUCGACCCAAAUACGCAAAUCGGUUGUGAACAAACUAUUAAGUUUGCAAGCGUUCAUACCACAAUGGUUGCAUAACAAUUACAAAUUAUCCAACUGUUCAGAACUUCUACAUUUGUACGUCAGACAUAAUCGGCUCUUAGAAGCCGCCGAAUUGGCACAAGAAAUGCUUUCGGCUAUGCUGGGUGCAGGAAGUGAAUAUUUUAGUUUUAAACAUUCUAUUGCAGUGACAAAUCCCGAAUUGACUCUACCAUUAAAUUCAAUAGAUUUACUCCUGCACGGAUUAAAACUAAACGGUGAAGACAUUGAAUAUCGACAGGCUCAUGCUGAACUUGAGGAUAAAUUGCAUAAGUAUAUAGAGACAGCUACGCGUACUGCUCAAGAUAAAAUCGAGAUGUCUUUUCAAAUAAAUCGAGAACGCCAACAACUGUGGAAAUCGUAAAUACUACAAAUUUAAUACUAAUACUUUAAGGUCUAUGUUUUUGUUUCAUUAAUUGUCGUUUAAAAUAUAAGAUUUUUUCAAUAAAUUACACAUUUCUAAAA